AUGCAGGACGGCUUUGUCGAUCCCGAAGAGGAAUUUAUAGACUCUGAUACCGAAGAGAUCCGUGCCGAAAUCCACAAAUUCGAAACCGUCCGCGACGCAUGGUUAGCUGAACACCGUGCCGACCUCCCCUCAGCUGCUUACACAGUCCUCCCUGGCGUCUCGAAGUCGAUGUCAAAACAGAUCAACAACAGCCUUAAAGAAGGAAGCACCACGACCGUGGCUCCCUCCGCACCAGCACCCAGGCCCUCCAGGCCCCGUCGAAAACUCGGCCCUCGCAAGCCUCCGCGUCCUCCUCCGGAAAUCCAAAUCCGCAUCGCCGCGGCCCGCACAGCCUUCGACCGCCGCGAGUACCAAGAAGCGAUCAACAUGGUCAAGGAGAUCAUCCGGCAGCGCCCCGCAACGCCACAAGCCUGGAACCUACUCUCUCUAAUUCACGAGGAACUUGGCAACCGCGAAGCGGCGACCAUGUGCUUGAUUUCGGGCGCCUGGCUGAUCCCCAAGGACGCGCGCCACUGGAUGAACGUGGCGCUCUACUGCUUAUACGGGGUCGACAUGAUGGACGAGACCGACCCCCGUCGGAAGCUGGCGCUGGAAAGAGCGGUUAUGUGCUACUCGCAGGCGUUGCAGGCGGAUAAGCAGAACGUGGAGGCAAGGACGGGGAAGGCGGAUGCGCUGAUGCAACUUGGUCAGAGUCACCUGGCGUUGGCGCAGUAUUUGAGGGCGCUCAAGGUGCAGCCGUUGAAUAUCCGAACCGUAAGAAACCUCGCGGAGGCGGCGCUGGAUGGGAGGGAUCCAAGAAAGAAUGCGGAGGCGGCCAAGGCGGCCUAUAGACAUAUCAUUGAGUAUUUGUGGAGCCAGGGUGAUGAGGUGUUUGAGGCGAUGGAGGGUGAGUUUGAGUGGAGUGAUUUGAGAAUUUAUCUCGAGUUCUUCACGAUACUGGAGCAGUGGGAGCAAGGCGCGGCGGAGCUGAAGAGGGUCGCGAGGUGGAAGUUGGGCCGGAGGGCGGAGGAGUUCUGGGAUCGCUGGCCGGGUGAGGAUAGGGAGUGGGAUGAGGAUGAUGAGAGGAGGGAGUUGUGCGAGGAUUAUGAACCGGGACGGUUCUCGCCGAUGCAGUACGGACGGGCGUUGCCUGUGGAUUUGAGGGCUAGGUUGUACGUCUUCAGAAUGAAGAUGGGGGACAUGUACGAGGCAGAGAAGCAUCUGACGUCGUUGGACCCGUCGGCGGACACGGCGGUUGAAGACUUUUACGAUUUCCCCGAUUGUCUGAAGGAUAUUGGUAAUGCCCUGCUGGAUAAUGAAUCCCCGGCGAAGGCGUUGCAGUACUUCAGCUUAUACGAAAAGAUCGCCGACCAGGCUGGCGAUAUCUCGAUGGAUGCAGACAUCCUCGUAAGUCUCGGUCGAUGUCACAUGGCCUUAGGCGAUAAGUCGGCCGCCGAGGAACGCUUCAUUGCCGCCAUUGAGGAUGAUGAGGAUAACAUUGAGGCUCGUGUUUGCCUCGCCAAUAUGUACGAGCACGUUUCGGAUCGGGAAGGUCGCGAAGAAGCUUUCCUUCUGGUCAGAGAUGCUAUGAACCUCGAGGCCAACCAGUACACCCUUGACCAAGAAGGGAAUCUGGUCCCCAAGAGAAAGCGUCGCAGAGCUACCGGUCCCAGGAAGCCACGCAAACCGAGAGACCCCAACAGGCCGAGAGACCCCAACAACCCUAAGAAGUACGUCCCGCGCCGUCUCAUCAAUGCGGAGAAGCGCAAACAGGUGGAUCUUGAACGCACUAAGGUGGCGACCAAGAACUAUGAAAUUGUGCAGGAGUUGCAAGAGCGUGCGUUCCACAGCGACGAUCCUGAAGCCAUUCAGAACUGGACACGUGCCGCCAGGGACCUCGUCGAAGACUUCCGCUCCUUCAAGGAGUUCUACCCCUGGGACAAGUACGUCAAGUAUCUGGGACUUGGUGGCACCGGUGGUGGCGGUGCUGCCGUGCCGUCUAGGAAUUUGAAGCUGGCGGCCAUGGCCGAACGUCUCCGUCAAGGCCUCAACCCCGAGAACGGCGAUGGCACAGACAAUAUCCCUGCCGCCUCAAAGGCUCGUGUCCUCAAGUUCCCUUCUGCACAUCGCGGCAUCCCCUUUUCCGCCUGGCUCGACAUCUUCCUCUCCCUCGCCUUUGCGCUUGUCAGACAAAACCAACACCGCGAGGCCUAUGUCGUCUGCCACGCCGCCCGCGACUCCGUAGUCUGGACUGCCACGGAUUCGACAUAUCUCAUCCACGUCGCGUGGGCGUCGUGCGCCGUGUACGCCGGCGACGAAGAAACGUGCGUGGCCAUUGCCCGUUACUUUAUGCGCGACUACCUGCCCGGCACCGACUCGUAUCGGAUGUUCGCCGCCAUGUGCCGGACCUGCCAGACGCCUGUAAGCUGGUACACCUCCGGUCCAGCGCAAAAGUUCAUUCUCAGGCAGAUCAAGACGAUGGACGCCCUUGUCAUGCGCCAGAACGGCCAGGACGAAUUUCCCCCGCCAGCAUCAUCACAAAGAUCACCUUCCAAAUCGCAGCAACAAUCGCCCCUCAAAUCCCGAUCCCGCGGUGACAUCACCCUCGACGUAGCCCUCUUGACAAUCUACGGCCACAUCCUCUUCACAACCACCUCGUACUCGUAUGCGCUCUCGUACUUUGCGCGCGCCGCAUCCUUGGACCCGGAGAACCCGCUGAUCAACCUCUCCAUCGGCCUCGCCUACGUGCACUACGCCCUGAAGAGACAAGCCACCAACCGUCAAUACCUACUCACCCAGGGUUUUGCUUUCCUGUUCCGAUAUUACCGCAAUCGUACCGAGGAAGAUCCCACGGCUACCAUAGGGCAGAAGAUGGAGGCCCAUUUCAAUAUGGGGAGGGCGUACAGUUUGAUUGGAUUGGGGAAUCUUGCAGGAGGAUUUUAUAGACGGGUGUUGGAGGAGGCUGAGAGGGUUAGGAGGAAUCAGGAAGGGGAGGAGAGUACAGAGAAAAGGAGUAGGUGGGAGGAGACGUUGGUGGUGGAGGCGGCGUAUAAUGUGAGGUGUAUGUGUUUUUUGUUGGGGGACGUGAAGGGCGCCAAGGCGGUCGCGGAGCGGUGGUUAGUUUUGGAGUGA